AUGGCCACUGAGGGGGAUUUGGAGUCCUCAGACGGUGGCUACCACUUUUGGGAGAGUGAGGUGGAGCUGGUAAGGAAGAAGGUAGUUGUACAAGAUGGCAGACGAUUUCGCUACUUUGACGGUAGGGGCGUUCUCGAUCUCGCCUUCUUUACUUGGAUGUACAGGUGGGUUAAGGAAACGUCAAGGAGGUAUAUGGACCCUUACAUGCUCCACCCACUCCCACUGGCCGACCAGAUUCUUCUCUGGCAACCAAUUCUUUCUAAGCAUAUUAGUGAUGGUAUCGCAAGUCUGGAGGCAUACGAGACCCUCAGUGAAGAUGAAAAGAAAAAAGCCAAAAAGCCAGUCAAACACAUUCUGGCAAGGGCAAUCUGGUGGACCUUUUGGAAGAGAAUAACAUUGGCAUUUGCAGGAAUUUUUCUUGCUGGAGUUGGUGGCAUGACUAUUUCGCUACUAUUCAGCAACUUGGUAGAUGAAAUUAGCACUAAAAAAUUUACUCUUGGCUCCACAAUUCCCACCGCCUUUGGGGUUGUUGCCUUGGAAGUUGUAAAGGGGGUUCUUUUUGACCAUUUUAAUCAUUACAUGCAAAGGACAGCCUUUAUUAUUCAGCACUCACUCUCUACUGCAAUCUUUCAGCAUGGACUCUGUUAUAGAAGGGGCCAAUUUGGGCAUCUAUCUGGCAGUCCUGGUUCAUGCAAGAGCAUCAUACACAGCUGCUCUGGAGAGGAUAAAUGCACGGAUAACCCAUUGUUAUGUCCAGCUAGGCGCUAUAAAAACAACGAGGUCACCCCUAAAAUGUACACAUUUCAGGCGGUUGAUGCAUAUUAUAUCCCUUUGUUCUUUGAAUGUUUCACCAAUAUACUAUUAACACUCAUAAAUGUAGCAUACGGAAUAUUUUUGGUUUACCUAAAGCACACUUCAAAUAUAGUGCCAGUUAUCAUAAAUGUGUGUUUAACGAUAACACUCAUGUUCAUCGUAGAGAUGUUUAACAUGUAUCUUUUCAAGUUUUUGUAUGCUGUAAGGGAUCACAGGAUUUCUAAAUCGAGUGAAAUUCUCUCUAGCUUGAGUUUAAUUGGCAAGAUGGCGCUUGACGAUAUUGGACAUAACAUCAUAACCAGUGCAAGGGAUGGUGAAUUGUACUUUGUUAUACUUCGCUUAUUCUUUUCUCUGUUUAACAAGAUAAUACACACAUUUUCCAUAACCUUUGCUAUAUAUCAAAUGAUGGAUGACUUUGUAGAAAAGGUAAAAUCAUUCCAUGGGAAAAAACUUCGUACAGCCAGCCUAAUAACGGGUGUAUUUAUUUUACUGAGGAUCAUUGACUAUAUGUAUCUCUUCCCUCAGUCUCUAAAGUUUAUGACAUACUCCAUAAGAUCAUUCAAAAGAGUAGAAGCCUUCCUCAAGACAUGCUCACCAAACUUUUACCUUCCUGAUAACAGAUUUACUGGGGAUAUUCCUCUGCCAGAUGGACUGCCUGAUAAGAACAAGACACUGCCAAAGGGCCUAGUUGUGAUGUUAAAGAAGGCCUCCUUUGCCUGGGUCAAUAGCAGGAAGGAUCUUCUUGACAAUACUGGUACUACUUGUCUUAGGAACCUUGACUUUGUCCUCAAUACUGGUGAUCUUGCCAUUAUUACUGGUGCUCAAGGUUCUGGAAAGACCAACUUUGUCAAGGCUAUCCUUGGUGACAUGACUUUGGUAGAAGGAUCAAUGGCUGUAUUGCCUCUAUCUACCAAUAUGCCAAUAUUCUAUGCCUCUCAGGAUGUAUGGCUACAAAAGGGUACCAUCAGGGCUAACAUUACUUUUGGCCACAGAUUUGAUGAGGAUAUCUACAAGACAGUUCUGAAGGCUAUUGAACUUGAACAUGACAUAUCGACUUGGGAAGGAGGUGACAUGCGUAAGAUCUCUGAACAUGGCUACUCCCUCAGUGGAGGUCAGAGAGUCAGAGUUGGACUUGCUCGUGCCAUUUACGCCUACCUCAUCUUUAGCGAGACUAAUAGAGAAAGCGCAUCUGACCAUUCCUUCCUUGUAGUACUGGAUGACUCAUUUACUGGACUAGACCCAUUUGUGGCGAAGACAAUCUUCAAGAACUUGUUUGACGUUAAUGGUGGACUGUUGGUGAAAGACGAUGUGGCUACAAUCCUGGCAAUAUCAAAACGUGUGCUGGACGCUUGUGUAUCAUCAGAGUCGCCAGAAUCAUUCCUGGAUGCAGUUAUAUAUUCUUUAGAAGGAAAUACCUUGGUAGGAGACAAAUCUUUAGUUACUUGUAAUACAAAAGUCUCUGGGAUGGCAUCCACGGAUCCUACCAACAUCGCUGAUUACCUAUCUAGUAACACCAAAGUAUUGGCAAGGUCAAAUGACAGGAGACGUAAUUUGCGUAAACAUAUUGUGCAGGAGCUAUACAAAAAACCUGUAAAUGACGAUGUACAGUAUGACAAGGCCUAUAAAUUCAAACCUUACUCCGUUUACGUGAAAGCCGCAGGCAUUCCAUUCAUCAUAUUUAUUUUUCUCAUUUUUUUAACUGUAGUAUUGGACAAUACAAAAUUUGCAAUUGCAUCAAGGUUAACUGACUAUAUUAAGGACUCUAUGGACGAUAUUUUGCUAAAUAACAUUAUACCAGAUCGUGACCGGAUUAUUUCACAAACGGACAUGUACUUGAAUGGAAUAGCUUACGUUUCUGUUGGAGUUGUCAUUAUUUGCCUCAUUGCUAUAUUAUUCCUUUUGGCGUCCUGCACUCGUUCAUCACGUAGGAUUCAUGAGUAUUGCAUAAAUUCUCUCUUUGUAAAUAGCUCAUCGGUAAUAAAGAUAAAGAGAUCAAUCAGUGAUACUAUGACAUUCUUAUCAUCUGAUAUAUUUCUUAUUGACGAAAAUUUGGGAUAUACGAUCUCUACAACAUUGGUUCUGCUGAUUGAAACAUUUGUUUAUUCUGCGUCACUAUUUUUCUUUUCCCCGUAUUCUGCACCAUCUAUCAUUUUGACCUUUUCUCUGAUUGUUGUGUUUGUAUUUAUAAUUUAUACAAAGUCUGCGAAGAAUGUCCAACUCGCUUCUCUUGAAUCAGCUUCACAAAUAAAUGCAGUUUUUGAAUCUGCAAUCUCUGGAUCACACAUUCACCGUAGUUUCAAGAAGGAGUGGGAAUUAAUGCAUAGGCUAAUUGAGAACUCGGAAUACGAUAUGAGAUGUCGCUUUGUCAGUGCUUCAUCAUUAACAUGGGCUUCUAUCGCAUCAAGAUGUAUAUUCUCUCUUACGACUCUUUCCGUAUUUUUAUUACCGAUUCUUGUAUCUCGCUUUUCUAAUAAAAAAAUACACUUUGGAUUUUAUGGAAUAUCAACAGCUCUAUCUGUGCUCGUAACUAGUUUUUUCACGAAUUUUAUUCUGGGCACUGGGAAAUUGGAGGUCCUCAUGUGUUCCAUAAAAAGAUUUAGUAACUUUGUUCCUCCGAAUACUCUGGUUAAGUUUGAAAAGAAAAGGGAUGUGAAUGAAGAAGAACUAGUAUCCAGUUCCGGCAAUAUUAUGGUUGACAAUGUAUCUCCAGUGGAUAAUCUUAGGGAAACUAUUUUAAAGAGGCGACGUAAUGAGUAUGCUGAGAGAAGAGCCGCUAGAUGUACUAAUCUAAAGAUGCUCCUCUUUAAGCACCAUGUUAAUAUACUUGACGUGUCCAAGUAUACUACUCCAGGUCAAGUCAGAGUACAGCUAAAGGAUGUUAAUGUCUACAUUACCUCCUGCAAGGAUGGAAUACAAUUCCCUAUUUUAAAGAAUGUUACUUGUUCUGCGGAUACCUCGGACAUUGUCGGCAUUGUUGGUAGAACUGGCGCAGGAAAGUCUACUAUGUUGUCAGUACUUCAGAAUCUGGCAGAGCAUAGGGAAGGUUCUGUUCUUCUAGACGGUUGUGAUCUGAAUGAUAUGCCAAAGAAUGUGACUAGGCAGAUUAUUGGAGUACUACCUCAACUACCAUUUGUAUUCAGAGGUUGGACAGUUCGUAGGUUCAUUGACCCUAGAAUGUUAUUUGAUGAUACCAAUAUUGAAAUGGCUCUGGAAAAUUGUGGCUUACUCAAGUUUGUUGAGAACCUCUCAGGUGGAAAGGGUCUUGACACCAUCAUUAUACCUGACCAUUACCAUAAGGGUAUGCCAAGGCACUACAAGAGAGUGUACUAUGGGCCUACUCUAAGACCUUAUGACUCACCCUCCGCAGAUAAUGUGAACAUUGACUAUGGAUCAGCACUGUCAAACUCACAAUUACGUACACUAUCAGUAGCAAGACUAGUGCUUUAUAGGGAAUUCUUCAAGGUUCUUUUGGUUGAUGAACCUCCAGAGGAUGAACUUGGAGCAUACAAUACUGCAGAGACUCCCAUUUAUGAGCUCAUAAAGACCCACUUUCAACAUUGUACAACAUUUAUUGCAGCACAUGAUGCAAGUGUAUUGCGUUUGUGCACUUCCAUUUGGGUACUUCACAAUGGUUCUCUCAUUAGGACCUGUAAAGUCGAGGACAUACCAAGCAGCGGCUCCCUGUCAAAGAUUAUAGAGGAUUGCAUUUCAGAGAAAAAUUAA